ACAGAAGAACUACAAGAUGGCGCAGGCUAUAUUUGAAGUCCUGGAAGGGAUGGACAACCAGACAGUCCUGGCUGUCCAGUCUCUGUUGGAUGGCCAGGGAGGUGUCCCUGACCCAAACAACCAGAACAUCUCAGGCUCAUCUGCCAUUCAGGCAAUGGAUGAUGAAGAUGUCUUUCUUUGUGGGAAGUGCAAGAAACAGUUCAACUCAUUGCCUGCCUUUAUGACCCACAAGCGAGAGCAGUGCCAGUCCAAUGCCCCUUCCCUGUCUACAGUAUCACUGGCAUCUAGUAAUGCCUACACCCCUGUGCCCUCCAUUAGCUCUGUGCCACAGACCCCCAACAGACAGGUAUCCACAUACAUCACAGUGCCUCCAUCUCCUCUUACUCACACACUGGUCCAAGGCAAUGUUUUAGUGAGCGAUGAUGUUCUGAUGUCUGCCAUCUCCGCCUUCACAUCCAUUGACCAACCCAUGGCAGCAAUGCAGCCACCUAUUCAGAGUAACCUGAGUAUGCACACAGGUGCAUCCUACCUCCAGCACCAUCAGCAGUCCUCCCACUCUCUCCCACCCGGACAGUCUCAGCCUCUGUCCUCUCAGGUGCCACCCAGUAUCAGCAACUCAGUGGUCCAGGUCUACAGCACAAUGCCUCAAAUGUCUGGGAGUGGUAGUGCAGAGAUUCACACCUUGGGCUUGCAGCUGUUCCAAUCUGUACAGGUCCCGAGUCAGUGUGUGGAGAGCCAGUCAUUCAACACUCCUCCAAUAUACAGCCCUGGGAAGCAAGGCACCAAGACCAAAACAUGCAGCAUCACUGCAAACCUAACUGGGCUUGAGGAGUUUGAAAAAGUGAUCAUUCCUAAACGACCCAAAAAUGGAAAGAAAGGCCAGGAUGGAGCAGUGGCAGAACAAAUUAAAGGAAAGUCACAGAAGCUGAAGUGCAAUUUCUGUGACAAAGUCUUCUCCAAAAACUUUGAUCUCCAGCAACAUAUCAGAAGUCAUACAGGGGAGAAGCCUUUCCAGUGCAUCGUAUGCGGUCGGGCCUUUGCCCAGAAGUCUAAUGUGAAGAAGCACAUGCAGACACACAAAGUGUGGCCCUCGGGCGUGGCCAGUACAGUGUCCAGACUGCCCAUCACAGUUAAGGUGGUCCCACUGUGUGCAGAGGAGGUCAUGGAGGAACAGCAGCAUGAGGAGGAGGAGGAGCAGCCAGCCCCAGGUAAGCAUGAGGAGAGAGACUGUGACUCCCAGACUGAUGUAGACAGCCUGGGUGAUGGUGACGGCAAGCACAAUGGCCAGCAGGCUCAGACCAAGCAGAUAAUCCUGAUCGACAGCUCUUACCAGUGCCAGUUCUGUGCUGGCAAGUUCAGCACCUACUUCCAGCUCAAAUCUCACAUGACCCAGCACAAAGGAGAGCAGGUAUAUAAGUGUGUGGUGAAGACCUGUUCCCAGACGUUCCAGAAGCUGGAUCUGUUCCUGGAGCACACCCGGAUGCACCAGGAGCAGCUCACCUACCGUUGCCACCUGUGUAGUAAGGUGUUCCCCUCGCUGUUUGAGCUGGGGGUGCACCAGUACUCCCACUGCUUCUGUCCCCAGCAGAACCCACGCAAGGAGACCACUUUCUAUAGGUGCAUGAAAUGCCAAAGCCGGUACUCCACGCAAGAGGCCUUGGAGCAGCAUUUGUUAACCGCCUCCCAUAACUUCCCCUGCCCACAUUGCCAAAAGGUUUUUCCUUGUGAGAGGUAUUUCCGGCGGCACCUGCCCACACAUGGUAUUGGAGGAAGGUUCAAAUGUCAGAUAUGUACAAAGUUCUUCAAAACAGAGCACUACCUCAAACUGCACACUCGUAUCCACUCAGGAGAAAAGCCAUACCAAUGUUCUGUUUGUGAGGCCAUGUUCAACAGGAAGGACAAGGUGAAGAGGCACAUGCUCAUUCAUGAGCCCUUUAAGAAAUACAAAUGUCCAUUUAGGACACAUGUUGGCUGCAUUAAAGAGUUUAACAGACCAGACAAGCUGAAGGCACACAUACUGUCUCAUUCUGGUAUCAAGCCCUAUAAAUGUGGGUACUGCCAGAAAGCUUUCAGCAGAAGAGCCCACAUGCUUGAGCACCAACGCUCCCACACAAACAACUAUCGUUUCCGAUGUGCCACCUGCAAAAAGGGCUUCACCCGACAGAAGUAUUACAGAGAUCACAAGUGCCCCAUGGCAGGGGCUGCGGUGGAGAAGGACAGGGCGGAGAAAAGAGUGACGAGGCAGGGACACGGAAAAGAGGGGUCAAAGGGGAAUGAGGAGUCAGAUAUGGAACAGAGCAGGGGAGAGGUGGAUGAAAAGGAGGGCGACGAUGAAGAGGAGAGGCUCGAGGACCCUCAGGCAGUCAGUUGUCCCAGUUGAGGAUCUGUCGGCUGGAGGAGAGGCAGAGCUAGAGGAACACUUUGGAGACUGCUGAGUGAGACUGGCUGAUUACAGCAGAGCACCCAUGUUCAUAGAGACAGUGGAUUGAGGCCUGAGUUUGCUAAACAGACUGGUACCUAGGCUAACAUUCCACACCUUGUCUCCUUGUCAAAUGCCAAAGUUUUGCAUGGCAGGAGUAGAAUGAUAGCUAAACAGACUGGUGUCAAGAUAAGGCCUGAGUUAUUCAAGCAGAAUCUUGAAAGAUUGUCCUGAGACUACCUUUGCAUAUGGAAGGGAUUUGAAUCUCACUAUAUCCCUCCAAUUAUAUUGAAGGGGGUUUAUUUGUUUUACAUUAAAACAUUAGCACUUUGUCUUUAAUUGAUGAUUGUUAUUCAGAACAGUGAUUUAGUGUCUUCAGAAAGUAUACACACCCCUUGACUUUUUCCAUAUUGUGUUAUAGCUUGAGUUUAAAAUGGUCAAAAUGGAGAAUUUUUUUUGACUGGCCUACACACAAUACCAUGUUGUCAAAGUGGAAUAUUUUUAAUUAAAAUAUUUAAAUGAAAAGCUAAAAUGUCUUUAGUCAAGUAUUCAACCCCUUUGUAUGGCAAGCCUAAAUAAGUUCAGGAGUAAAAAUGUGCUCAAGUCAAGUUCCAUAGACUCACUCUGUGCAAUAAGUGUUUAACAUGAGGUUGUCAUACAAAAAAAUCUCUUUACCCCACACAUAGAUAAUUGUAAGGUCGAGCAGUGAAUUUCAAUCACAGAUUGAACCACAAAGACCAGGGAGGUUUGCCAAUGCUGAGCAAAGAAUGGCACCUAUUGGUAGAUGGGUAAAAAAAUGACAUUCAAUAUCCCUUUGAGCACGGAGAACUUAAUUACACUUUGGAUGGAGUAUCAAUCCACCCAGUCACUACAGUGAUACAGGCGUCCUUCCUAACUCUGCCGGAGAAGAUGGAAACUGCUCAGGGAUUUCACCAAGAGGCCAAUGGUGACUUAAAAUGGAGUUUAAUGGCUGUGAUAAAACUGGGAAUGGAUCAACGUUGUUACUCCACAAUACUAACCUAAUUGAUAGUGAAAAGGAAGCCUGUACAGAAUACAAAUAUUACAAAACAUGAAUGCUUCCUGCAACAAGGCACUAAAGUAAUACUGCAUAAAAAUUGUCUGAAUAAUUCAUUGAAUAUAAAGUGGUAUGUUUGGGGUAAAUCAAAUAAAACAGUAUCACUCAGCUGCAUGUUGUGUUUGCUUGUAAUAGUUAAGGACUGGUGAGUUUCAGGAUUAAAAAGACAAUGGAGCUUAGCACUGGCAAAAUCCAAGGAAAACUGGGUUCAGUCUGCUUUCCAAGACACUGGAAGAUGAAUUCACCUUUCAGCAGGAUAACCUAACACACAAGGCCAAAUCUACACUUGAGUUUCUUAGCCACUCAACAUUCACUGUCUUCUUGGUGAGUUACAAUUGACUUAAAUCAACUUGAAAAUAUAAUGGCAAGACCUGGAAAUGUUUGUAUAGCAAUGAUCAAUAACCAAUUUGACACAGCUUGAAGUAUGUUGAAAAGAAUAAUGGGCAAACGCUGCACAAUCAUGUUAAAAGCUCUUAAUGACUUACCCAGAAAGACUCCACUGUAAUCACUGCUAAAGGUGCUUCUACAAAGUAAUGACUCAGUGGUCUGAAUACUUAGGUCAUUUUGAUUUUUUUGUAUUUAAUUUUUUUUAAAUCUAUAAAAACAUGUUUUUACUUUGUCAUGGGGUAUUGUAUGUAGAUGCGUAAGAAAAACAUUUGACCCAUUUUGAAUUCAGGCUGUAACACAACAUGUGGUAAAGUCAAGGGGUAUAAAUACUUUCUGAAGGCACUGCAUCUCAUCCAUGGGCAGAUGUCUUUUUUCACCUGCCGCAUGUACAGUAAAACUAUCGUGCAGAUUUCUGACUUCCUUUGGAGGCACCAAUUCUAUUUUUGUAUGUAACAUUCUAUGAAUGAAUCUUGAGGCAUGCACUCUAUAAUACACUGCAUUUAGCUAAAAUGAAACUAUUAAAAAUGGAUAGCCAUGAUUUGAAGCCUU